AUGUCUGAAUUAAUUCGCGUUAUUCGUAUUCGAAAUGCGAAUGGUGAAGAGAAAAUGCUUACUGUACCGGCGAAAUUGGAUUUGGAGAGACCGAAGCGUCCAAGAACCGUGUUCACGGAUCAACAAUUGCAGAUUCUCGAGCAAUCCUUCAAUGAUUCCGGAUAUCUUUGCGGUGCUGAACGUGCUCAACUUGCCGCCAAACUUGGUUUGAGUGAUAAUCAGGUCAAAGUAUGGUUCCAAAAUCGACGCACCAAGCAAAAGCGAGAAAGUUCAAAGUUCGUCUAG